AUGGCGGGGAACCUCCUGCCUGUGGCCUUUGUCCUGUGCUGGAUCUGCAACACUGAGCAUCUGCUGGAGGAGGAUAAUUUCCAAAAAAUAGCCCAGUCCCUGGUGAAGUCUCCUAGUGGAUCCCGACGGGAAGAUCCCAGCUCGUGGGGAGCCCCCCCCCGGUCAGCCCCUCUGAUCCUGCCGCUCUCUGUCCUGCAGAUCACCGGCGGCUCCGCUGGCAAGGAGAUGCUCACCAGCAUAUUUAGUGCCACUGCGGAAACCCUCUCCACUUCCACCACUACCCACGUUACCAAGACUGUGAAAGGAGGGUUUUCCGAGACCCGAAUAGAGAAGCGCAUCAUUAUUACAGGAGACGAGGAUGUGGACCAGGACCAGGCACUGGCUUUAGCAAUCAAAGAGGCAAAACUACAGCAUCCCGACAUGCUGGUAACCAAAGCUGUGGUGUACAGAGAAACAGAACCUUCUCCAGAGGAAAGGGACAAGAAACCUCAGGAAUCUUGACCAACAUGUUCAUGGAAGUCGGCAUCUGUAUUCAAACCUGGAGAACUGCGGAGAAGGAGCCUUCAUGCUGGAUUUGUCAGCAAGACAUAGACAUCCUGGCUGCAAUGUUCAUGGCGAGAGACAAAAAAUUUUUAAAAAAAGGAAUAGCAAAUAUAUUAUAUAUAUAUAUACAUACAUACAUAUAUAUAUAUAUAUAUAAAAACAGGAAACAAAAUGCAUCCUUGCACUGCUGCUAUAUGCUGGAAACGAAUAGCAAACACCACCACCACCAAACAAAGCCAACCCUCUGCAGAUAAAUUGAAGAAUUUACUGGAUUGGUGAAGAAAUAAGAUUUAAAAAAUCAUAAUAACAACAAUAAUAUAGUUAACAAUACAAUAAGCCACCAUCUUGCAUGUUACAUGAAAGGAUACACAAUCAUGAGUUCAUUUGUUGCACACUGAAUGGAAAGGAAAACUGCUUUGCAACAAAGCAAGAAAUAAGCAAAUGGAAAUAAAAAACCACAAGCAGAAGCAAAACCAUUCCCCACCUCUGGAAAGAAGAGAGAAAAACCUUGCAUUUAUUACCUUAGAGUUAUUUUCCGAUUCGCAAGUGUCGUUUCGCCCUUCUCCUCAUUCCAUGCUGGUUCUUUUGCAUCUUUUGGGGUUCUGUUAACUCUUCCCCUCCCGUUCCUUCCCUUCUUCUCUGUGCACUUGUCCAACCUCUUGUUCUCUGAAGGUAUUUAAGAAUGGAUUUCAUUCCAGGCAAAAAAAUAUGU